AUGCAAUCGAUAGAGAUUUUAGAGGUAAAUAUGAAUUAUGAAUCAUUGAUUCCUUUGUACAUUUUAGAAGAGAAGAAAUAGAAGAUUCUUUAGUAAUAUGACUAGAUAGAUGAGAAGAGUGUAAAUCAAGAGUUUAUUGAGAUUUAUGUGGAAAUGAUUGAAUCUGAUGAUAUUGUUAAACAGCAUUUUGGACUUUUAGCUAUAAGGAGAUUAAUAAGUAUUAAUUAAAACCCAAAUUCAUUUGAAAUUACAUAAGCAAUUAUUGAAAGCAGCAUUGUUCCAAAAUUGAUGUAAAUAGUCGAUUUGUAAAGCAAUUAAUUGUUCUUAUUUGAAGCACUUUGGAUUUUAACAAAUAUUGCAAGUGGCACAAAUUAAUAAACUUAGGUAAUAGUAAAAAAUGGGGCAAUACCAAUUUUAUUGAAGCAUUUGAAUUCAAAACAUUAUAAUAUUCUUGAAUAAGUCUUUUGGGCUAUAGGAAAUAUAGCUGCAGAUGAAGAUGGAGAUUUUCGAAAUAUUAUAAUUCAAUAAGGAGGCUUAUUUAAAAUUGUUCAAAUUAGUGAAAAGUUAAUGAAAGAAAAUAGGAGUCAAUUAGUAAAAUUAUGUUCUUGGACUUUAAGAAAUUUAUCUAGAGGUAAUCCAAAUCAAUACAUAGAUGUAUUUAAAUAACAAAUAUAUCUAGAAAUAUAAGAGAUAAAUAAUUAAUUUGUUCACCUAUAUAAUUAAUAAAUUUGAUGAUUAGGAAACUUUAUUUGAUGCUUAUUGGGGAUUAUAUUACAUAAGUAAUAGUAAAAAUGGUUUGGAUUCAAUUUAAGAAAUUAUCAAUACAGGCAUAAUUGAUAGAUUUAUAUAGUUACUUAAGAGUAAUUGCACAGUUUAAAUAAUUGCGCUAGAUUUAAGAAUAAUUAAAAAAAUUUUAGGAGGAUCUCAAAGUUAAAAAGAGUAUGUUUUAAAUAAAAAUAUUAUUGAUAAUUUCGCUCAUCUAUUAACAAAAUUAGAAUUGAAGAGUAUAAGACGAGAGGUACUGUAAUAAUUAAUUAAAAUUAGAUUUGUUAAUGUUUAUCUAAUAUAAUAGCAGGAAAUUAGAGUUAAAUAAAAAGAUUAAUAAAUAAUGAUUAGAUAUUAAAAUCACUGGAAAGUAUUUUUAUAUUUGAAAACGUUGAGACUCAAAUAGAAAUUGCAUUUAUAUUUUCAAAUGCUUUGAAAUAUAUAAAUUAAAAUGAUAUCUUAAGAUUAGUUGAUUAUGGAGUAUUAUAAAUUUUUGGAAGAACUUUGGGACUUUAGACAGCAUCAUCUUAGUAAAAAAUUGAAAUUCUUAAUUCUUCAGAUUUUAUUUUAAAGAAUGGUAGUUUAUAAAUAAAUAUAAAGUAAGUUCACUAAAAGAAGAGCCAAAGAAGUUUAUAAUGGAAUAAUUACCAAUAUUUCAGAUAUAAAAUGAUGAUAAAGCUGAUGAAAAGUUGAUUAAUUGUAAAGAAGAAUAUUUUAUUAAAUGGUAAAGAUUUAUAGAAAAUUGA